UAAUUGACUAAAAAAAAAACACGAAGGAAAAUUACAAUCAUAUCUAUUUUUUUUCCUCAUAUUUUUUUAAACUGUUUUCCAUUUAGCAAUAAAAAUUAUUUUAAUGAAUUGUUUUACAUUCAACGAGACUGAAAGACAAAAUAAAUAAAAACUCGUUUGCCCGGAAAAGUCAACAACUUGUAGAGCAGCAAAAUUAUAAGCAAUGUAUCGUUUGCGUUUGGUUUGGUUUGAUCGCAGUGGUUAAACAAUUAUCUCUUUGGAACUCUGCAGCUCAGCUCAGCUAGUUGAGAGUUUUUUGCUAGCAAAAAAGUAAAAAAAAAAAAUUAACGCAUAAAUUCUCUCAAGCAAAUGAAGAAAAAUGGAUGAAAAUAUGCAAUUGUGUCGAAUUUGCAUAUCAAAUUCGGAAUGUGCGACCAUGAUUCCGAUAUUCGGCGAAGAUCUUUUGUGGAAGAAAAUUACAAUGCUGGCCGAUGUAAAGAUUGAAAAGGGCGAUACACUGCCACAACAGGUGUGCAUAGUUUGUGCAAAAGCGGCGAUUAGCGCGUGUAUGUUCAAGAAGAAAUGCGAAGAUGCAGAUAACUUCUUUCGCCAUCAUUUGCAAAUGAUGCGUAAAAUGGAGAACCUUCAAAGAGGUGGUGCCGAUGUUAUAACAAUUUCAGAAGGUUCUGACAAUGAUCCCAAUGAUGAUAAUAUGAAUUUGGCUAAUAGGCAUUUACUGACUAGCAAUAAUCCUAGCCUACAGAUUAUGAAUGGAAAUAGUUCGAAUAGUGGUGUGGGAGGUGGUCAACUAGAUCAAAUUGAUAACAAAAAUAAUUAUGAUAUGAAUUCGAUUCGUAUGAUGAUGAGUAAUUAUUUGUUGGAGCAACAAACUAGAGAAGCAGAUGCAAUGGCAUCUGUAAAUGGUUAUCACAAUGAAGGUGGAGGCUUUGCUGCACCGCCUUGUGAUGUAUCUAUGGAUGAUGACCAGUUGCCUUUGAUCCCGGAAAUUGAACUGAUAACUCCAAAUGAUGAAGAAACAACUGUAAACAGACAAGAGAUUGCCAAUAGUCAAGGUCAAGGCUAUCAGUGCAGCAUAUGCUAUCAGAUAUUUGUUAGGAAAUUUUUGCUUAAAGAUCAUAUGCAGAGCUGUCAUGGAAGAUCGCCACCAGUUUAUGAGUGUACGAAUUGUAGGAAGAGUUAUUUGUAUAAACGUUUUCUAGAGAAGCACAUUCGUCGUGGUCGUUGUGUUAAAAAGCGAAGAAAUCAAACCCGUCCCAUGGAGUGCACAGACUGUCAUGUUCUUUUCCCAACCGGACAUCAUCUUGGAUGGCAUAAGAGAACAGGUUGCCCUUCUCGAGCUUCAAAAGUGCCCUUACAACAGUUAUUUAAACAAAAUAUCGUCCAAUAUAAUAACUUCCCAAAACCCUUAAUUCCACCUCGAAAGCCAGAUAAUGCCUUGUUUAUGCAAAACAAAAGAAUUUUACCGAACAGUUCUAAACGUAAAGGAAGAACUCGAAUUAAAUUAGAUGCAAAAAAAAUUGCUUUGGCUAAAAUUUUAAUUCUUAAAGAGGCUACAACUACUCAAAUCGCUCAAGAACUUGACAUAUCACGUACUUUCGCUUGGCGACUACGAAAAAAUUUGGUUAACGGUGUAAGCUUACAUGAGCGUUUUAUUGAUCCACCAGCAGAAGAAAAAGCUGAAUGCAUUAACCAGACAGGACCAAUAGUUCCCCAAAUGUCUCAAGUUGAAAACCAGCAAAUUAAUUUAGGCAUCACAAAUGAACAAAAUGAUGAAAUUAAACCUGAAAAUGCUGAAAAUAUUGUUGAAAUCAAGCAAGAGAUUCAGGAUGAUGAUGAAGAUAAAGAAGAAGAAGACGAUAAUGAUGAUGAUACUGAGGACGAUAGUGAUGACGACGAUGACAGUAGCGAUAGUGAUAGCGACAGUGACGAUGAUGAUGAAGAUGAUGACGACAAUGAUGAUGAACAAGAGGAUGAUCCUAACAAGAGUAAAACCGAGCAAAUUAAUUUGCAUGGCGAUGAGCAAACUAUAAAACUUGAACAAAAUUAUCAGAGUAGCUAUACUAAUAGUGGACAUAACCACAUGCAACAACAAAUCGAACAAACAAAUUAUAACGGUGUAACACAAAAUGCAUCCGAAAAAGAAAUGCCCCCACUGAAUCAAAUGAAUGUGCACAAUGAAAAAAAUAAUUCUGAUUCUGAUGAAGAAGACGGAGAAGACAAUGAUGACGAUGAUGAGGAGGACGACGAUGAUGAUGAUGAAGGCGAGGAUUCAGAUGAAGAAGAUGAAGGAGCAGAUAAAGUUGAAGAUAAUGAAAGUCAUAUGCAAAGAUACAAGCAACAUUUGAUGCAAAGUUUACCUUCGGUAUUUCAUAUUCCACAAACAGGAUUUCCCCAACCAGUUAAUUUGUCAAUAAAAUCUGUUCAGUCUCAACAUAACGCUUUAACAGCAACUACUAAAAAGCCCCGAAAGCCGAACGUCUUUAUCGAUGAUGAGAAGUAUGCUACAGCUAAGAUACUCGUAUCACAAAAUUCUUCCACAAUGGAAAUCGCUCGGCAGUUAAACGUUUCCCAGAUGACAGCUUGGAAACUUCGUGAUGCUAUUGUGAAGGGCAUACCACUAUCAUAUCGUAGCAAACGUGAAACACGUCCAAAACCACCCGAAAAACCCCAAAAGCCAGAAGCAUCAAGCACUCCGAAAGAAAAGAUGCCACGGCGACGACUUAAAGCUGCUGAUCGUGAACUGCGGGAUAGAGAAAUCACUCGAGAAAUUCUCGAAAUGAUCAAAGAAGAUAGCAACAUACAGUAUUGGAAAAUUUCGGCCAAGUUAGCCGAUAAAGGGUACGCAAUAUCACCAUCUUCAGUAUGUCAAAAAUUAAAGGCCUUGGGAAUACAUCGUCGUUGGAAACCUGGUGAUAAGCCUCCUAUUCUCGAUAUGGAUAGCUUAAAAACGAAUAACAGUGGCGGAGGCGGUAUCGGUGGUGGAGCCGGUGGCUUUGGUGGUGGAACCUCAACUGACAGUUUUGAGUUUAACAAUGAACAUCAAUUCGAACUGGGUGGCGCACACUUUUUAAGUGCCUUUACGCAUUAGAACAGGUGAAGUAUCAUCUUCUAUUAGCGUUUUUUUUUUUUUUUUUAAUUUAAUAAUUCUCUUUAAGAGAAGUGGGCCUGUGAACAAUUUUUAUUAUUUUAAUUAUUAUAGAGCUAUAUUUAAAUUUCGCAUGUUAAGCAUAUUGUUAGUUACAACAAACACACCCACCCUACCCCCAAAAUAAUAGACUAUUUGCAGGUAUCACGAACAAAUCUUGCAUAAGAUACAAUUAUUACUUUGUUAGGAUAAUGUCUUAUUAUUAUUAUUAUAAUUUUUUUUUUUGAUUCAAAAGUAUUUUAUUUUUUAAGCAAAAAAACAUUCGCAUAUAUUUUUUUUAUUUUCUAUAUACAUUUUUAACAGUAUGAACUGUUUAAUUAAUUUUAUGUUAAAAGAACUGACUUCUAAACAAAAUGAAAUAUUGAAAAGAACAACUGUUUAUGUGCUUUGAAAUUCUGUCUAUUUAUUGUUAGUUUAUUAAAAUCUCUUGAUAUUUUCAUGUAACUGUUAAAGACAUAUUAACGAAAUUUGUUUAAACUAUAUCAAUUUUACGUACAUUCAACCGACUGAAUCAGAUUUAACAUUAACAUAAUUAAAUUCACCGUAAGUUCAUUUUAAAUUGAAAAUUCCAUAUAAAUACUCAAUAGAAAAAUUAAGUUAAGCUACAUUUUCUUUUAAAGGUAUUACAUAAAGUACAAAGCAUAGAAGCAAAAAAAAAAAAAAAACACAUAAACAGAAACAUUUUUUAUUA